CCUCCUUCCUCUAAGUCGCGAACACUAAAUUGAAAACAUCCGGUCUAGCCUCAACCGUGUCGAUUACAGUUUUAGCGGUCGCGCCCGUUCUAGUGACUAAUUCUUUAAGUGAUCCGAAUAAUGAUUUAAAUUUGUUUUAAUUAAACACGAACAAUAUAUACCAUGUCCCAAGUCAGUGUAGUGCAUUACAGCACGCCUCCUCAGAAGAUUAACAACGUGCUUCAACAAAACACGAACUCCAACAACAAUAAAACCGGCGAAAGGCAAAUUAUAGUGCUCAGAAAACCUUCAACUAUCCUUCCUCAACCCAAAGACUACAAGAAAAAUGAUAUCCUUAUCACAAAUCCCGGCAAAAAAGGAGGACCAAAGAAAACUACUGCAAGCAAAGAUUUAAAAACAAACCCUCCGCCGAUAGCAGUAGCCCGACGAAAUGCACGAGAAAGAAACCGAGUGAAGCAGGUAAAUAAUGGAUUUGCCAACUUGCGACAGCACAUACCGAAUUUCAUUGCCCAAGCCUUCGAAAAUACAAACGGAAGAGGAAACAAAAAACUGAGUAAAGUAGAAACUCUAAGAAUGGCCGUGGAAUAUAUCAGAAGUCUGGAGGAAGUCCUGGCUAUGGAUGGGGAACCUAUGCCUCAUCUGAUGCAAGAUAACAUCAGUUCUAGAUCUUGUCUUUCUCCAACUUCAGUAGAUUCAAAUUCCCAAAGCGACUUGGCAUAUCCCUUUGCCAUGUCACCAUCAGAGGAAGACGAUGAUCUCUCAUCAGUUGCUACGCCUCCCCCUCCUACUCAACAAUUCAUCAGGAUCAAUACGUCAAAUAAUACUUACGAAAUAAUAUCAAGCAAUGUCUACGAAAACUCAGAAAAUCUAGAUCCAAUGAGCGUGGACCAACAUCAUCUUCUAACAGAUCCAACAUUGAUAGACAGUAACUUAGAUUUUGCUCAAGAAGACAUUUCGUAUCUUCAAGUUAAUCCUCUACAAUCUACGACCGGGUCGCUGAGUCCAGGGAUGUAUAGUGAAGGUUCUCUAAGUCCAAACAAUGAGUCGGCUAAGUUAAGUGAAACUGUGCAACAGAACUGUUUUAUUCCAGUGUUCGCCAGUGCAAAACUUGGAGAAAAUUUUAAUGUACAAAUAAAGACUGAAAUCAACGAAUUGCCAGUUAUAUCUUUAAAAUCGGAGAAUGACAUUGCUGAAUCUCAUGGAGAAUUGGCCGAUGUUAUUAGUUGGUGGGAACAGAACCAAACCCAACAGACAAACAGUUAGCACACUUCGUUAUUUAAACAAAAUUUUAGGUGUAUAAACGUCUAUUAAUUUUACAGUAAAAGAUUGUUAACUGUUAGUCACCGAAAAUAUUUUUAUACGAGCUUACACCGUUAUUUUAAUAAAUCUCAUUUUUUCUUUUCAAUAUUUAUAUCUCCAUGAUCUCAUCAAAAUAAAAAUGUAAAAGAAUGGUCUAGUCUGCUAGGAAUUUUUAAAAAGUCUUAAAAAAUGUUACUUUUUGAUGUCAUAUAAGACUGAUAUUUUAAUAAAAGUUUUAUGAAAAUAAACUACUUUUCUAAAAAUACUGAUGUGUCAGUUAACAGCAAGACUUGUAGUAUUGUUAUUAUAU